AAGGAAUACUCUAGUUGCAUCGUUAGGAAGAAAGUGACGAAAUAGGGCACACUCCACAGUGCGUGCGUUUGUUUGUCUUCUCUCUCAUAGUUCAUUCAAUUCAACCCCCGUUCUGUUCGUAGCUAAUACUUUUUUUCAAUCUUUUUUAUUCCUUAAACAUGAAGGCAAAAUCAUCGGUGAAUCGACCCCCAACACCAGAUGUUGCCGAUAAUCUCCCAGAAAGAGAACCUACGUUUCAAGAACUUCUCAAUAUCAAGUUUAUUGAGACGGGAGAAAAGGAGCGGUUGAUGGAACUUUUGAGGGAAAGGCUUGUGGAUUGCGGUUGGAAGGAUGAGAUGAAAUCUAUCUGCAGAGCAUUUGUGAAGAAGAAAGGGAGGAAUAAUGUUACUGUAGAUGAACUUAUACACGUAAUCACUCCAAAGGGCCGAGCCUCAGUUCCUGAUUCAGUAAAAGCCGAGCUGUUGCAAAGAAUUCGCACAUUUCUUGUUUCUGCAUCUCUCUAAUGGCUUCAUCAGUAAUAAUAUCACCAACAUUCUGUAAAGAUUAAAGUUUCAAGUUUGGAUUGCAAUUUGAAUUGCAGUAGCACUGUUUUCAAUGUCGAUGAACUGAUAAGUAAACAAGGGAUUGUUUCUCAAAACUGAAUUUGAAAGCAUUAGAAAGAGUUAUCCGCCAGUUAUCGAAACAUACAAAGAACUGCACACAUUUGUACUGGAUUGUAUUCUAGGAGUAUGAGUAUGUGAUGUAAAACCAUGACUAUUAUGUACACCCUCUUUUCCUUAUUUAUAUUAGAUGUUGGUAUAAAUAA